AUGAACCCCCAGAUCGAAGAACUACUAGGACUGGAAGCCGUUCGCUCCAGAGCCCAUGCCGUCCUCAAACUAGCUGAGCAGGGUCGUUUGAACCACUUCAAUUACCAUGCUGAUCGCCUGGAAGAUGCCACCGACUAUGUCUCGGCACUGAUCAAGAAUGACUUCGGUCCAGACAGAUACCACCUCAUUCCCCCGCAUGGCCGUUGGCAGCAUUUCGAAGUUGGCGGGGUUCCCCGCAUAGACAACCUUCUGACCGAAUGGGACCAGCAGGGACUCGCCACAGUGGAAAAGACACGCCGCCUAGUUGAUCUUUUCUUUGUGUCGGUUCUUCUCGAUGCCGGUGCUGGUGAUUUCUGGCGCUAUAAAGAGCCCGGAACUGGCCAUGCUCUGAAUCGGAGUGAGGGCAUUGCCGUGGCGGCCUUGCACAUGUUCCUGAAUGGUGAAUUCGCGGGCCCAGGCUCGGAGUCCAAGCAUACUGUGAAUGGCGAGGCACUCCGCAAUAUUAAUAUUGAUGUUUUGUCCCGAGGACUUCAAGUUACGGAUAGCAACCCCAUGGUCGGAGUUGGUGCCCGUGCGGAUAUUGUUCGCAAACUUGGCGAGUCUUUGAUUAACCUGCCAGAUGUCUUUGGUCCCACUGGACGUCCGGGAAACCUCGUUGCUAAGAAGGUGACAGACUAUCUCAUCGCGCAAUCCAGUGAGAGUGGCAAGCUUGAUUAUAAGGAUCUUUGGAACGUGCUUCAACGUCUCCUCCUUCCAAUCUGGCCAUCUGACCGGACCCAUCUGGAAGGAUACCCUAUCGGAGAUGCCUGGCCCCUGCGGGUCCUCGAGCAAGCUCCUGGUGCCGAUUCCAAGCCUUACUCCAACAUCCAGCCCUUCCACAAGCUUACCCAGUGGUUAGCGUAUUCGUUGCAGGUGCCAUUCUCCCGUCUCCUGUCCGCCACCUGGACCAAUACUCACCUUGGGACCGGUCUCCCAGAGUACCGUAAUGGAGGGAUGCUGGUAGAUCUGGGGGUUCUGGAGCUGAAGCCGGAGGCUCUGCAGCGGGGCCUCACUCUCUCCGGUGGGGCUUUGCCUUCUUUUGGUGCGGGGGAUGAUGAAAUCGUCGAGUGGCGAGCGAUGACCGUCGCCCUUCUGGAUGUGAUGCACCCCAAGAUCUCAGAGCGGCUUGGUGGCAUUGAGUUGUCUCUUCCACAGAUCCUCGAGGCUGGCUCGUGGAAGGCAGGCCGCCAGCUUGCUGCGGCCAAGCGGCCGGAUACUAAAUGUAGCCCUAUUUUGAACUUUGGGGAUGGUACUUUGUUCUAG